AUGGAAAGACUCAACCAAACCAGCAGUGUCACUGAGUUCAUCCUCCUGGGACUCUCCUCCCGGCCUGAGGACCAGAAGCCACUCUUUAUUCUCUUCCUCAUCAUAUACCUGGUCACCAUAGCAGGGAACCUGCUCAUCAUCCUGGCCAUCCACUCUGACCCCCAACUGCACACCCCCCUGUAUUUCUUCCUGAGUGUCCUGUCUUUCACUGACAUUUGCUAUACAACAACCAUUGUCCCCAAGAUGCUAGUCGACUUCCUGUUGGAGAAGAAGACCAUCUCCUAUGCUGGAUGUUUGACCCAGAUGUAUUUUAUAUAUGCCUUGGGCAACAUUGACAGCUGUCUUCUUGUAGUCAUGGCCUUUGACCGCUAUGUGGCCAUCUGUGAUCCCUUCCACUAUGUCACCAUCAUGAGCCACCGCCGCUGUGUCCUGCUGGUGGCCUUCUCCUGCUCAUUGCCUCACUUCCACUCACUCCUACAUGUACUUCUGUUGAAUCAGCUCAUCUUCUGUGACUCCAAUAUUAUCCAUCAUUUUCUCUGCGACCUCAGCCCUCUGAUAAAAUUGUCUUGCUCUCCCACAUUUGUCAAUGAAGUUGUGUUGAUGACAGAAGCAUCUGCUUUUCUGGUGACCCCCUUUCUAUGCAUUGUUUUCUCUUAUAUACGAAUCCUCCUUGCGGUUCUCAAAAUUCCCUCAGCUGCAGGAAAACGCAAAGCCUUCUCUACAUGUGGUUCGCACCUCACUGUGGUAACACUCUUUUAUGGAAGCAUCUUCUAUGUCUAUUUACAGCCUGUGUCCACCUACACUGUCCGGGACCACAUGGCAACAAUUGUUCACACAAUUUUAUCCUCCAUGCUCAAUCCUUUUAUCUACAGCUUAAGAAACAAAGACCUGAAACAGGGUCUGAGGAAGCUGGUGGGCAGGAGGCAUCUCCAGGCAGCAACCUCUUGA